AGAGGAGGAGUGACAGGGCCAGAAGGAAGCCUGGCCCUGCAGACCUGGGGUGAGGGCAGUCCUGCCACCUUGGGCCCAGGCGGGUCCCACACACCACACCUUCCCCUCCCUGGCUUUCAUAGGACAGCACAAGCCCAGGGCCACCUCGGGGGCCGCUUGGCCCCUGCAUCUUCUCCAUUUUCUCCCCAGCCCCAGGAAGAGACUAAAGAGGACAAGUGGGAAGCAGCUGCCCCAGAGAAAAGCAGAAGUGGGGGCCCUGGAGACUGACCCUCCCCAGGAGGCUGGAGCCUGGGUCCUGUGGGGCUUGGUGCCCGGAGGUGACAUCUGUGCAGGAGAAAUGAGCCCCAGGGGCCUGAUGGCCUGGCCCCCCUUGGCUCUGCUGCUUCUCUGGCUCCCAGACUGUGUUCCUCUGAGUGGCCCCAGCAAGGUGACAGGCAUCGUGGGAGGAUCCCUGAUGGUACAGUGUCAGUAUGGGGAAAUGUUCAAGGACAAUGACAAACUGUGGUGCAAAAAAUCAGUUUUCUAUUGUUAUGAUAUUGUGAAGACUAGAGGCUCAGAGGGAGAGGUGCGGAGCGGCCGAGUGUCCAUCAGCGACCACCCUGCAAACCUCAGCUUCACAGUGACCAUGGAGCGCCUCACCCUGGAGGACGCAGGCUCCUAUGAGUGCCAGGUGGACACACCAUGGUACGAAGGCUUUGACAGGUUCUUCAAGGUUGAGGUGGCCGUGCUGCCAGAUUUGCCACCAGCAACGUCAGGGACACUUACAAGUGUCACUACAGCGAAGACCUUGACAACCACAAGCAGAACACAAGCUGCACUGUCCACCAGCCUGGCCACAGAGAGUGCCACCCCUGGUCCCAGGAGCCAGGACCUCGACCAUGGCCAGCACCCAGGCCCCAGGAAGAAACUAAAGAGGACAAGCGGGAAGCAGCUGCCCCAGAGAAAAGCAGAAGUGGGAGCCCUGGAGACUGACCCUCCCCAGGAGGCUGGAGCCUGUGUCCUGUGGGGCUUGGUGCCCGGAGGUGACAUCUGUGCAGGAGAAAUGAGCCCCAGAGGCCUGACGGCCUGGCCCCCCUUGGCUCUGCUGCUUCUCUGGCUCCCAGACUGUGUUCCUCUGAGUGGCCCCAGCAAAGUGACAGGCAUCGUGGGAGGAUCCCUGAUGGUACAGUGUCAGUAUGGGGAAAUGUUCAAGGACAAUGACAAACUGUGGUGCAAAAAAUCAGUUUUCUAUUGUUAUGAUAUUGUGAAGACUAGAGGCUCAGAGGGAGAGGUGCGGAGCGGCCGAGUGUCCAUCAGCGACCACCCUACAAACCUCAGCUUCACAGUGACCAUGGAGCGCCUCACCCUGGAGGACGCAGGCUCCUAUGAGUGCCAGGUGGACACACCAUGGUACGAAGGCUUUGACAGGUUCUUCAAGGUUGAGGUGGCCGUGCUGCCAGAUUUGUCACCAGCAACGUCAGGGACACUUACAAGUGUCACGACAGCGAAGACCUUGACAACCACAAGCAGAGCCCAAGGUGCACUGUCCACCAGCCUGGCCACAGAGAGUGCCACCCCUGGUCCCAGCAGCCAGGACCUCUACCAUGGCCAGGGCCCAGGGCUCCCUGUGCUGCUCCUCCUGCUGUCCCUCCUGCUGCUCCUCCUGGUGGGCUCCUCGCUGCUGGUCUGGAGGAGGCUGCAGAAACGGGUCAAAGCUGGUGAGCGCUCAGAACUGUCCCAGAACCUCAGGCAGGCUGCCGGGCAGAGUGAGCCCUACUACACAAAUCUGACGCUGCAGACGUGGUCCCUGCGGGAAGAGCCAGUGCCCCCGAGGCAGGCGGAGGUGGAGUACAGCAUGUUGGCCUUUCCCCGGGAGGAGCCUCACUACAGCUCCGUGGUGUUCGAUUCUCCGAGGCCAGACUCCAGCGCCAGCGGGGCUCCCUCCCAGAGGCCCCCCGAGGAGGUCCCAGAGUACAGCGUGAUCAGGAAGCCCAGGGCUAAGGAGGGCUAAGGCACCCCCUGUGCCCACAGCCCUCUGCCCUCCAUGGGGACCGCCAGGCAGCCAAGCUCCCUGUGGCUUGUCCUCCCCAAGCCAUCAGCCCAGCUGGCUCCACGGAGGACAAACAGGAAUGGGGUCCUCAGGGACCAGAGGGAAGCCCCCAUCUCUGUCCUCUCUUCCUCUGCUUCAUUCCGCCCCUGUGUGUGGAGGAUGCAGCUCCUGGUCCCCUGUGGCUCCAGGAAGUGACGCGGCUCACAUAGGAUGGCGCCUGCCACCCGCCUUGUAAACCAGGGCUCCACAGCCAGGUCGGGACGGCGGGCAGGAGGCGGGCUGGCCAGAGGAGCCAGGAGAAGGCGGGCAGUGCUGGGGCCUGCGCAGGGGCCAGAGAGGCCACGGAACGUCCCCUCCCUUCCCAUCCCACACCUAAGGAACAGCCGGAAGAGAAGAGCUGAUGACGGCAGGUUCCCUGGACUCUACUGUCAACACAAGGCACAGAAAUAAAGUCCCCCCCAGAAAGAAUCUUCUUAAGGGACAAGAAAAAAAGUCACUUAAAUGAUGCCAGGCCCCUGCCUGCAAUGCCAUCUCAAGGUUGUCCUGGCUUUGAGCCCAGGCUGGCACCGAGGAGCUCUGAGGACGGAGGGCUUGGGACACCCUGCGAGGCGCCCACUGCUGGGACCACAGCAGGGUCUUCUUUCUGGGGAGAUUCGUAAGGAAGGUAACUGGGCGGGGCGCAGCCUGCGGGCCCACUUGCCCCCCCUCCUCUGUGUGACCGGGGCGUGGAGCUGACGUGACCGCCAGAUGGCACCUUGGCCAGCUGUCUUCCGGGGUGCGCCUUCUGCUUCCCGAGGACUCUUUAAGGGCUGGGGUCCCCGGGCUGCUCCCAUGGCGUUGGCUUUAGAUUUUGAGUGGGUUGUGAGUGCGCCUGAGCCAUCCCAGACAGUGUCCCUUCUUUUCUUAGACUAAGGCUCUGAGCUGGAGAAGGGGACACACACACACACACACACACACAGGCAGGUGCAUACACGGCCACAGCCAGUCUUGCUGGGCUGGGAAAGGGGCUGGGGUCAGCACGGCCCUGUGGUGCCCCUCGCAGAGCCCUGGGACGCCCUUGCCCUGUCCCGGGCUCGGCCUGAGCCAGCAGGUGUGGGGCGCACAGCCGUGGGCGCUGGCUCUGCAGACGGGACCCGUUCCCCUGAGGAGAGGUGGGGAAGCCAUGGCCAAAUUAACAGGGGACUGGGCCCCAAAAAGGGCAGGUACAAGUUCAGAGCCCCUGGGUGACCACACUUGGGCUGUAAAGUGGGAGUGGGAGGAGGGAGGCCCCUGCUCCCUGGGGGGCACUCAUCUCUGGGGAAAUCCCAGGCCCCCCACCCUACAGCCAAGCACAGCCCCCAAAGCCACGGUCCCCAUGUCCCCUCCUCUAUUUCCUCAUCCACCUCACUGUCUCUCCAUGGCCUGGACAGACCGAGGGCAGCUGCCACGAUUUCAUCCCAGAGCAUUUGUGGACAGUCUGCUCUAUGCCGACUGGUAGGCGGGGCCCUGGGGACACAGGGACAUGUGUGACACAGCUCCUGCCCCUGAUGAACUUUCAGGCCUGGAAGGAUGAGGACCUGACCUUCUUCACUCACCUCCCGCUGGGGGCUGGGCAGGGGAGGGAGGCCUCUGCAGGCAGCUGUCCCCACUCCCAGGGACGGGAAGGGACGAUGCUGACUGAGCACUCAUCAGGUCCAGGGAAAGGCGAGCGGGCAUUGAAACUUAAGCCACAGGGUGACCAGGGGUGAAGGCCGCACGGGGCAGAGGUGCCCUCUCCUCUGUCCUGUGGGCUGGAGCCAAGCAGCCAAAGGACCACGUGGAGCAGCUGUUUGUUCAGCUUCCCCAGGAGAAGCACCUGCCCCACUUGGGUCAGGAAAUGUGUGCCCAGUUGUGAAUUCUGGUGGUGCCAUCUCUACGAAUUACUGCUUGUCCUUGGGUGCUGUGUGUGUGUGUGUGUGUGUGUGUGGCCGCAAGAAGUCUUCAGGGAGAAAGAGGAGUGUGAAUGUUGUCAGAAUCAAAAUGAAGUCACUUCAGUCAGACUCUAAUACAAGGGAGGCCAGAGGCCAUUGUCCCCGUCUGUUUUCUGUUGCUAUGACAGAAUGCCUGAGGCUGAGAAAUUUAGAGGACACCUGCACUGUCUCUAGGGGGUGGGGACUUUCCGGCUCCAUCAUAAUCUUUUAGGAGCACUGAGGGAACUGUGGCCUGCCAUGGACCAGGAUGCGGCUGGGUGGCCUAUGACCGCGUUCAGUCACUUUGCAGAGACACAGCUGCAUACACAGAGGUGGCCUGCCCACACGUGCUCCCUGCACCACGUGGACCCCCUCCCCCAGCCUUCCUGUGCCCCGGGGUCCUCACGACACAGCAAUCUCAGACAUUGUUUGCCGUACUCCUGUUAAUGCUGGGGAACAUUCCGUCACCUUCCUUUACUUGAAUGUGCAAUAAAAUACACAGACACUUUGGCCAUGGUCAGGUAGAGCUGAAGGACAAGGUCCAAGGGGCCGAGAGGCUCCACUGUAUUUAGAUGGAUGCUGCAGACCCUCAGUCUGAAUCCCACCUGCUCAUCACCCUCCACCUGUAGAAGUAGCUCACUAACUUAUGACAAGGGGACACAAGGUCUUGACAAAUGUGUGGGACAAUAAAAAUCUAAUAAAGUCCCGGAGGACAACCUGCACACACGAA